AUGGUUCAAUCACCCUUGCUUGAACUCCGAAUUCGACAUAUAUUCGCUUUCCAAAGUACUUCAAUGCAAUCGUUCUCGAAAGCACGUCGAAGCAUCAACCAAAUCUCCACCUUAUUCGUGCCUCCACCUUCUCGGCUUUGCCACUUUGAUCCCUUCCAGAUCCUUUCUCGCAGCUUCUAUAGUCUUGGGCCAGACGUGAAUAGAUACAGUGAUAUGAAAAAGCUGCCCAAAGAUCUUCAAUGGCCACUCCACAGGCACCUGCACCUAACGCGGUUUGACUAUCUUCGGGUUGGCGGGGGAAAUGCAAAUAGUCUGCCUACUAUCCGUAUGGGCGAUGUCUCGAGGUGGCCCCUCUCGGUAAGAUAUCCGAAAGCCGGAUUGGAUUCCAGUAUCUUCUACCACAAGUGUCUAAGCAUACGAGGAGCUCCAAUACCCUUAGAAACAGUUGCGAUACCCAAGGAACAAUGGUGUACUAUCCACCAAGAAGAGCAGAAAUUUCGGGAGUACGGGUGUGGGCAAGUCCAAACCGCCAACGCGAAGUUAGCCAAACGCAGCAUCCGGGAAUUUGCUAUCAAGAACUCUCUCUCUCAUAGGUUUGCUCCAACGGGUAUGGACCCAAUUACGGCCAAUGUGGAUUAUUUUAUUGAGGACCAGGGUAUGACUAUACGCCAUAGUCAACCUUGA